CACCUAUGGAUCAGUCAUCCUUGGCCGCAGUCUGGAAUCAGGAGAACUAGUCGCCAUAAAGAAGAUGAAAAGAAAGUUUUACUCCUGGGAGGAAUGCAUGAACCUUCGUGAGGUCAAGCGCAGUCACACAGCCGCUCUAAGAGUAGAAGGUGAUUUUUGUGUGCUGUUGGUUUUUCAGCUCUGGUUUCCAUCCCUGGCGUAGGCUUCCCUUUUUCCUAGAGCUUGAUCUUAACGCAGCAGAACAUGUGUUGAAGUCAGUAGCCACAUAGAGCCCUGCAAAUUAGAUUAUCAAUACAGCAUGUAAAGCUAUGAAAUAUUAAAGUCCCAUUACGGCUUCCCCUUACUAAAAUGUAGCAUGGGUAAACCUGUAUCAUCCCAGUGCAUACUCCUCCAUCCUGCUUUCUACUACUCAAUAUUAUUUUUCCCCUUUUAUAUCCAAAGCAUAAAUCCCACCUUUGCAGUGUUUAUCUCCCAAACCACAUUGUGUUUAAAGACAACUGUUUUUAUUUUGUAGCUGUAGGGACUUGCUUUUGAAUGUGCUGCAGUGACCUGUGUGUAUUGACCAGCAUGGUUAGACUCACUGCUUAUUACUGCUACUAUUUCUGUGUUUCUCUAAUACACACAUCCUUACUUAAUGCCUCUUUUUGCUUUCAGUCCUUAAAGAAACUCAACCAUGCAAACGUAAUCAAACUUAAGGAAGUAAUUCGAGAAAAUGAUCACUUGUACUUUGUAUUUGAGUACAUGAAGGAAAAUUUGUAUCAGCUAAUGAAAGACAGGACUCGGCUGUUUCCUGAGUCUGCUGUAAGGAACAUUAUGUUUCAGAUACUACAGGGCCUUGCCUUCAUUCAUAAACAUGGCUUUUUUCACAGGGAUAUGAAACCUGAGAACCUUCUGUGUAUGGGCCCAGAGCUGGUGAAAAUAGCUGACUUUGGGCUCGCCCGUGAGAUCAGAUCUCGACCACCAUACACAGACUACGUCUCAACCAGAUGGUACAGAGCGCCUGAAGUGCUCCUCCGAUCAACAUCCUACAGUUCGCCUAUUGACCAGUGGGCAGUGGGCUGCAUUAUGGCAGAGCUGUACACCCUCCGCCCUCUAUUUCCUGGCUCUAGCGAAGUAGACACUAUAUUCAAGAUUUGCCAGGUCUUGGGUACACCAAAGAAGAAUGACUGGCCAGAAGGAUAUCUGCUGGCAAAUGCAAUGAACUUCCGUUGGCCGCAGUGUGUCCCCAGUAGUCUGAAGACACUGAUCCCAAAUGCCAGUGCAGAUGCAAUUCAUCUAAUGACAGACCUGCUCCAGUGGGAUCCCAAGAAGAGACCAGCUUCUGCUCAGGCUCUCAGGUACGCUUACUUCCAUGUGGGCCAGGCUUUGGGCACCCCUCAGCAGAUCCUGGAGCAGGGCAGACCUCAGCCAAACCUGGUGCCGCUGCAGGCCCCAUUACAGUCCCAGCAGACGCUGCAGCAGCAGCAGCCCCUGCUGCUUAAGCCUGUGCCCCCCUCCCAGCCCCCACCUCCCAACCAGCACUGCUCCCCCUCCAGGCCUCUGCAGCAGAUCCAGCCAUCCCCCGUAUCAGCAGCCGCUCAGGCUGCAGUGUACCAACGGCACACAGAGCUGAUCCGAGAACAGCAACCCAAGCACAUUCUGAAGCCAGAGCAGACACAAGGAACAGCACAGAGCCACCUUCCUUACAUUGUUGACAAGAGUCUCCAGAGCAAGACGAGACAGCCAUCAGAGAAUACAAAUGUACUGAACUACCAGCUCAAACCUAAGGGCAACCGCCGGCGCUGGGGCCACGGCACAGGACACCUAAAGGGUGAAGACUGGGACGAAUAUGACGAAACUGAGCCGAUGCCUCUCAGUAUUAUUGGAAAGACAAACUUCUCAGAGAAGUCUAGGCAGGCAGACGACGCACUGAGCAGAUAUGGAAACGUUUUGGACUUUAGCCGACCUAAAGCCCAGGAAGAUGGACCUUUGAAUCUGAACAAGACUACAGGCUACCAGGAGCCAUCAAGGACCGCCUCUGCUAAACAGCAUUACUUGAGGCAGUCGAGAUAUUUACCUGGAAUUACUACAAAAAAGAAUGUUUCACUCAACUCAAGUAAAGACUUCACUGGUAGCCAUCUUUGGGGAAACAGCACCAUUCCAUUUGGAGGCACCCUACCGAGCAGAGGCGCUCACGGUACUAAUACCAUCCCAGGAGGAUAUAUGCCAUCUUUUUACAAAAAAGACAUGGGUUCUGCAGGUCACAGAGGACAUCAGGGUCCUUCAGUGGAAUCAACAGCAUCAAAUUAUGCAACGUGGCGGUCUGGCCGGAGUCAGAUGAACAGCUCUACCAACAUGCCAAUGGCCAACAAAAGCACUCCAGUGCUGCCUCGCCCACCGGUGCAGACCAUCCACGGGCGAACAGACUGGUCUGCCAAAUACGGACACCGCUAGUGGCCUCAACGGGCUCCGAUCUGCGCCCUGGAAGAGAUACUGUAUCUGCGCUCUUAAAGAACUCUUUCACGUCCAAAGAGUAGGCUUAGUUGUUUUAUAAUCUACACGUGUACAUACAUCUUACACAGCAAUAAGUUGUGUUUCAUUAUAUGUACUGUGAAUGUUGUGAGUUGUACAAUAUAAAAAGUGUAUGUGUAUGGAAAAAUACAACCAGCCAAAACUUGAACCCAGAUUUGCCCUUCAGUGUUCUGUUUUGCAUUCCUGUAAAAUAACUGUUGUCUUCAUAAAGUUACAUGUGAACGCUCAGUUUUGUAUCAAAUUUAUCAUUGAAUGUUGGUCACCAAACUCUAGACAUAAUAUGCAUAUUAUAACUCUAUGAAAACUUCACUGUGACAUGUUUUUGACGAAUUACUUUGCCGCUGUAAUUUAUAAUUUUGUAUAGUCCUUACUGUUUUUGUUUCAGGAUGAUGCCCUUGUCUAUCAGGUUUUUAUUAUUUGUCCAUUACAUGUUUUCAACUAAAGGCAGUGCUUUAAUUUGGGUAAACUUUAUACAAUACUUACUACAAUACUGCUGUAGAAAUCUUACUUAAUUUCAGCAUUAAAAUGAUCUGACCUUA